AUUAUGUCUAAGUUGUUUUUUUUUGUUACCGUUCUUGGGCUUAUUGCUGAGGGUUAUUCGGUACCCAACCCUAACGCGCGCAUAGUAGGGGGUCAAGAUGCCCCCGAGGGCCGUGUGCCCUACCAAGUGUCCCUACGAGUAUUCGGCUCGCAUUUCUGCGGAGGCAGCAUUCUCAACAAGCGAUGGGUUCUUACUGCUGCGCAUUGUACAGAAAGCAUGUCUCACAGACUGAUCUCGGUUGUGGUGGGCACAACGAGUCUAACAAAGGGAGGGGUCCGCUAUUCGGUGGACCUGGUAGCCGUGCACGAAAACUAUGACAGCCAGGUGAUAACACAAGACAUCAGCCUCAUUCGUGUGUCGAGAAACAUCGUGUUCAACUCCCUAGUACAACCAAUUGCGUUGCCGGACUCUAACACUGAAGCCGGGGCGCCCCUGUUCUUGAGCGGCUGGGGCCGGAUCUCUUACCCAGGCAACCUUCCUGACCGCCUGCAGAUGAUCAACCUGACCGCCCUGAGUUUGCAAGACUGUCAAGAGCGCUUGUCCAAUAUCAACCCAGUGUUCGAGUCCCAGAUAUGUUCAUUAACUCAAGCUGGCGAAGGAGCUUGUCAUGGUGACAGUGGCGGUCCUCUCGUCGAGGGGGGGAGGGUGGUGGGGGUGGUAUCUUGGGGCAUGCCGUGCGCGCGCGGCUACCCCGACGUGUAUACACGUGUGUUCUCCUACACGGCGUGGAUACUCGAGCGGAUCUCUGCUGAUGAAGUUUAG